UUCAACCUGAUUUCCUCAUUAAAAGUAAGCAGGGAGAGUGUUUGAAUGUUUCUGAGACAUAUUUAAAAUUUGAUGACACAGAGUGGCUUACGCUGCUAUAGUGGAUACUUGAAAGCUGGAGUGAGCCACUACGACAUGGGGAGAAACCUGCUUCUAUUGACCAUGUGACGUAAAAGAAGGUAAUCAAGAUCUACUGUUCCCUUGCCUCAUUAAGGGCAAGCGGAGGACGUGUCCGUGUUCAGACGUGCUCUAAAACCUCAUUCCCAGGUUGAUGACCCACUGUUUAAUUAACUUGCUAGUGGCAUAUGACACCAGAGAUUGCAUGAGGCUUUACAACUCUACAUCUUAUAGCUAUAACAAACGUCACCCACUGUCCUCGUGACAAGAACAAGACAAGAGAAAACAGCGCUUUCCUGUUGAUUUGGGUCUUAUGGAACCUUAUUUUGGUUGCUCUUCCUCAUCAGGCUGCUAUGUAACAGCUUGAAGAGAGAGAUAAUUGGAAUUGAUGAUAUCCCAGUAAUACCGAGGCCACCCCACCACAUAGACAGCACAGAGUAAUGGCCGCCAGAGCUCAAGGUACCAUGAAGGUCCAACCAUGGCGACUCUGAGGAUACUUGUACAGCGGUCGCUGCUAUUUUUCUUGCUGUCCUACCUUCUCCUGCUUCUACUAUUCCACAAAGGCCUGGUUCAAGAAGCAGGGAACAUUGUUAAGGAUGUUCCAAAGGAGUCGAGGGAACAUUUUUCUCAAAAGCGGAACUUGAAGAAAUAUGACCCAGAUGAGAGGACGUUGAGAAAAGUGAAACCAUCAUGGCGGUUUCAAAACAUUCCCAAUGGCUACGUGUAUUCGGCUUACUUUGAUGAUAGGAAUAACACAAAGUUUGUACGGUUAAUUGCUAUGAUGCAUCGGUACACAUUCUUUAGAAAAGAGUUUUAUUGCCUCUUUCCAAAAUCAAACGGAGACUUUGAACAUGUUGCAGGCAAAACUAACUUGACUGAAUAUAUGUCCCCUGUUAUCAUGUACCAAAUGUGUGAAAAUCACGGGAAACAAUAUGGCGGCUGGAUUCUGUCAUGCCAGGUUCCCAUAGCAACAACAGAGGAUACACCACAUUCCAUUCAACUUUUUAGACGGAAGCGCUUUUCUCACACCCUAGAACAAUCUGCAACAGUGGCCGUUUAUUCUCCAAUCACAUCCAAGCAAACCUCAGGAAGUUUUAGUGUGUGCACUCCGCCUCUGUUUGACGAGGUGAAUCCCUAUCGCCUGGUUCAGUUUAUAGAGAUGAACAGGCUGCUGGGAGCAGACCACAUAACAUUUUACAACUUCAACACCACCAAAGUUGUGAACAAAAUUCUGGAUUUUUACGAGAAGCAGGGGAAAAUCGAAGUGGUUCCGUGGGACAUUCCUGUGUCUGAAGAGGAAGAGGUGUGGUAUUAUGGGCAGCUUUUGACAAUCAAUGACUGUUUGUAUCGUAACAUGUUUCAUUUCAACUACACAGCUUUUUAUGAUCUCGAUGAGUUACUGGUGCCGAGGAACGCCUCAAACUGGCACGCUAUGCUGUCACAGUUGCCUGCACUGCCAUCUGUUGUUGGAUACAGCUUCCAGAGUGCUUUUUUCUUGCCAGCAAAGGGAUAUUCCUAUAACACAGACAUUAUUUACACCCAAAACACAAAGCGCGUUGCCAAAUUAAGCCGUCUACGGAAAAAAGUACUUGUGAAAGGAGACAGCAUAUUUGAGCUAGGAAUUCACCAUGUUAGUCGCCCAUUGCUGCAUAAACAGUACGUGGAGGUUGUGAGUGAUAAGGUUGGUCUCAUACAUCACUACAGGAGCUGUACUACUGAGUUUGAGACUUCCAUGGACUGCUAUACACAUAUCUCAGACACCCACCUGGUACAAUAUAAAGCUGCUUUUAUAGAGCGCUACAAAGAUAUAUUGGAUCAGUUCUACAAGUCUGGACAGAGAGUUACCCAACAGUAAAAGAAAAGUAAGAAAUUUUUUGCAAAAAGCAUAUUCAAUUCCUAAUUUCAAAUUGGUUAGAAAUAUGGCUUUUGUUGCAUGAAAAUGCUAGGCUGUUUACAAACAUACAGAAAAUUAAUCAUAGUUCAUCAAAAAUAUUUUCCUAAAACAUUUGAUCAAUGUCUAACAUUCUUAUCCAAACGUGAUAUUCUGUCUGUUUGGAUGAAGAAUUUUUCUGAGUGGGAUUACAGCCUGAUGAAUAUAUAUCCACCUUGUGCCCAAGUUCAGUAUAGCAGACAUGGAAAUAAUUGCAUAUGUGAUAUUUCAUAAUAUCUGUAACUGCAUCAUAAUUACGAAUUCAUUAUUGGUGGAUCCAGGGCAUAAAAUACAGGAGGAAAAGAUAAUGGUAAUUGGGCCAUUUUGUAAAGUCGAGUUCCUGAAAUAAGUGGCUGUGAGUCACAGUGUGUAUAUAUGUAUUUAUUUAUUUUAUUUUUUAUUUUAUUUUAUUAUUUUUUUUUUACAUUUUAUUAACAGGAGGGAUGCCAGUUCCUAAGUUUACUUGGAUACAGCUAUGUACAUAGUAAACAAACAUACAAUUUUUUAUGUGCAAUUCUUGUGGAAAAAUGUCUCACAUAAUGUCAUCAUAGUUUCACGUUUAUCCUAUUUGUCAUACUGUGUUACUAUCCCAAAUGGAUGAUGCACUGUUUUCUCACAAGUUAUAAUAGCCAAAAAUCCUGCUGAUGCCAAAGUGAAUAUGUUCAUAUCUAAAUGUCUUAGAGGUAUGUGUAAAAAUGCAGCACAAUUAUUUUAAUCAUAAUAAUUAUUAUGCUGGAAAAGAAUAUCAAAUUCUUAAAAUCUCUUGAGAAAGCUGCUCCGAGAAGUUCAGUAGUGCCAAGCACCUCAACUCAUAAGCUAUCUCUCAUAAACUCCUUGAAGCACAAAGCAAACACUUCAUGAUUGGCAGAUUUCGUGCGAGACUGUCAUUAGCGGUGUAUUCUUAAGCGAUGCACAACCCAUUAAAGAAAACAGAAACAUUCCAUAAAAUUUAAGCUUAAAAGCAGAAUGCCCCCACACUACUUUUACACAAAACCCCUUAACUGAUACACUAAUAUUUCUGUAUUACUUCAUAUUCUCCCAUCAUGAGUAAAAGAUUAAUCAUUAAGUUAUUUCAAAUUUUAUGAUAUAAAGUAUCAGUUAUUGCUCAGGAUGUAGUAACCUGAAGCAACAAAUACACUGAGUAACCCCUAAGAGAACAUACAGACCAUUACGCCCUCUGCACUUAAUGGCUUGUUACUUUGAAAUGUUUCAAGCACUCAAAAAAUCAAUUGCUAAACGACCAAAUUCUACCAUGAGUCCAAAACUCUGAUUAAUUGCACGGCCUCUAAUUUUUUUCAUCCAUCAUGUUUGACUAUCAAUGGAUCUGAUAUCAGAAAAAAAAUUCUCAAAUUUGGCGUUUGGCUAGCUACAACUUAUAUUUAAGUAGUGGAGAGUUUGAGGUGAUUUGGUGGAAGUGUGGAUUCUUCACUGACAUUUCCUGAGAGUCACAUGCUUUGUAGAAGUAUUAUAAUUAGUUGUGCUUAAAGUAAUAGAAAUAUUUUUUCAAUAAGAUUGUUCAUGGUUCCUAGGAAUUGUAUUUAUUGAAGAUUUUAGUGACGAUAAUAACUUACUUAGAAACAAAAAAUAAAAAUAAACAAGAGCAAAAUGUACUCGGUAGCUGUUUCACUAUUUUUUUUUGUUCCAAAGUAAGUGAUUAUCACCAUUAAAAUCAUAAAAAUAUACCAAAAGAAUGACUUAGAAUUGUUGUUAUAUUGUCUUUGUAACAUUUUCAUACUCAUUCCAAACCCAUUGUUCUCGAAUCCAAUUUUUACUCUUCAAUGUUUUAAUCACUGGUUUACUAGUAUAAUCAUAUAUAUUGUACAUUAUCUAUCGUCAAUGUUGUGUCCCAGUAACGUUGUUGUCAUUUCAAGUUCAUGUAUUUUGUUGUUGUAAUCACCAUCAAAUGGCACCUUAGUAACAUGUCAUGUAG